GGGCCCCGAGUGGAGCGCCCCCGACCUCGGCGGCGGCUGGAGCUGUCCGGCGCGCCCCGGAGCUGCCUGCGGUCUCCCCCUUGCCUGCCCGGAGGAUUGGGGCUCCGGCCCGCGCCCAGUCCCUCCAUCGUCCGGAGUGUGCGGCGCUGGGAGCGGCUUGGCCAUGGCCGCGAGGAGGGACUCCUUGUGGAAGUACUGCUGGGGAGUUUUGAUGGUUUUAUGCAGAACUGCGAUUUCCAGGUCGAUAGUUUUAGAGCCCAUCUAUUGGAAUUCCUCGAACUCCAAAUUUCUACCUGGACAAGGACUGGUACUAUACCCACAGAUAGGAGACAAAUUGGAUAUUAUUUGCCCCAAAGUGGACUCUAAAACUGUUGGCCAGUAUGAAUAUUAUAAAGUUUAUAUGGUUGAUAAAGACCAAGCAGACCGAUGCACUAUUAAGAAGGAAAAUACCCCUCUUCUCAACUGUGCCAGACCAGACCAAGAUGUAAAAUUCACUAUCAAGUUUCAAGAGUUCAGCCCUAACCUCUGGGGUCUAGAAUUUCAGAAGAACAGAGAUUAUUACAUUAUAUCUACAUCAAAUGGGUCUUUGGAGGGCCUGGAUAACCAGGAGGGAGGGGUGUGCCAGACAAGAGCCAUGAAGAUCCUCAUGAAAGUUGGACAAGAUGCAAGUUCCGCUGGGUCAACCAGGCAUAAUGAUCCAACACGACGCCCAGAACUAGAAGCCGGUACAAAUGGAAGAAGUUCAACAACAAGUCCCUUUGUCAAACCAAAUCCAGGGUCAAGCACGGAUGGCAGCAGCGCCGGACAUUCCGGGAACAAUAUCCUCGGUUCCGAAGUGGCCUUAUUCGCAGGGAUUGCUUCAGGAUGCAUCAUCUUCAUCGUCAUCAUCAUCACGCUGGUGGUCCUCCUGCUCAAGUACCGGCGGAGGCACAGGAAGCACUCGCCGCAGCACACGGCCACGCUGUCGCUCAGCACGCUGGCCACCCCCAAGCGCGGCGGCAACAACAACGGCUCGGAGCCCAGUGACAUUAUCAUCCCGCUGCGGACCGCGGACAGUGUGUUCUGCCCCCACUACGAGAAGGUCAGCGGGGACUACGGGCACCCCGUGUACAUAGUCCAGGAGAUGCCCCCCCAGAGCCCGGCCAACAUUUACUACAAGGUCUGAGACUCGGCGGUGCCUUGGCUUUCCCGGAGGAAACUUCCUGACCCGCUGCCGCCCGAGGAGGGUUUGAUGACCCCCUGUGCCUCGACUGGACUGGAGCACAGCGGGGGAGCGGGAACGCCGCUUCUCGGAAGAGCCCCGUUGAGUUGGACAGCUUGCCUCGUCUGUAGCGCCCCGGGCCGUGGUGGAGACAGACGCUCGCCGGCAGCCGGGAGCCGGGCGCAGGGCGGGGGCCCGCUGCGACUGCAGCGCUCGCCUCCCACCCCUCCACCUCCAAGCCAUGUGCGGCACUCAGGCCUGCGGGGAGCCGAGGGAGAUGGAGCGCCUGGACGGGGUGGGGGGGGGGGAGCCGGGCGAGGCGUGGGAGCCUCCCGGGCAGGUGUCCCGGGCCGCCGUGCCCGGAAAUGCGGUCUCUGCCUCGGGCGGCCCUCCCGAGGAGCGUCCGGACUUGACACACAGACCUCGGGCUGGGGGAGGCUUGCAAGAGGUCCAGCUUCCAGUCCUCACCGUGGCACCCCCCCCCCCCCCACACACCCCCUGCCGAUCUCUGGCUCCCCCUCCACACUCUGCAUCACUGCUGGAACACUCACGUUGGGGGGUCUCCUGCUCCACGCACCUGCAACCACAGCUACAGCGGAAUGGGUAAUAUGCUUCUCGAAGUUGUGUUUGCUAAUAAGGAGCCUUGCAGCCAGACGCCAGGCUGGGCUGGCAGCCGUGGAAGACGAGGAGUUCGUGGAAGGGGGCGGGCCAGGGAAAAGGGCUGUCUGCAAAUGCAGUUCAACGCCGCUGCCUCCGAAGCAGAGUCGGGUGGGGGAGAACCCAAUUAGGUAGCACAGCACUUUGGUUUGGCUGAGAUUUUAAGAGGCAAGUAGGAGACGCAACACCACCACUCGCAGUGGAGGAGGGUGCCUUUGAAGGAAUCCGCUCUGAUCACAUGGCAACGUGCAGGAAAACCAGAGUCCCUCUUGGCUGGGGAGAACAAAGGGGCAUUGUUGGGAGAGGAACAGGCCAGGAGGGAAGGGGGCAGUGGGCCGCUGAUGACAGAUUUGGGCAGGACUGUUGUGGUACUGGCAAUAAGAUGUACAGCUUCGAAGCUGUAGGAGAGUCGGUCUGCUUUGGAUGAUGUUUAAAGCAGACUCAGCUGCUAUACUGAUCACAUUUUAUUAAACACAGGGAAAGCAUUUAGGAGAAUAGCAGAGAGCCAAAUCUGACCUAGAAGUUGAAAAGCCAAAGGUCAAACAGGCUGUAAUUCCAUCAUCAUUGAUGUUAUUGAGGAAUUCUCUUAUGUAAAAGGUAGGUCAGAUUCCCCGCCCCCCCCCCCCCAGUGCACCUGCCCCCCCCCCCUCCCCCCUGGAGCCUCCCCGACACUUUGGUUUUGGGAGGUGCUGUGCUGGCCCAGGGAGGGCUACUGAGCGAGGCCACAGCGCGGCUGCUCUGUGUCUAGGUGAAGCACACGGCGAACCUCUUCGAGUCCUUAAGCCGGAAAUCGAUGAUGUCGAGGGGGAGAAGGAAGAUAGCACGUAUUUAUAAUAGGUAUAGAGAACACAAGGGGUAGAAAGUGAAAGAUUUUUACUAAUAUAUAUUUUAAGAUUGCACACAAAUCACACCAGAGGAUGUGAAAUUCACUCGUGGCAAUUGCGUGGUCCCAACGCUCAGUGCUUAAAAAAGAAAAAUUGGACAGCUACUUCUGGGAAAAACAUCAUCACUCCCCAAAUAACAAUAACGAGAGUAAAUACAAAAAUAACCCAGUCCUCUGAAGGCAUCUCACGGAACCUAGACUAGGAAAUGCAAGCCCCAAACACCAGGAAAUGGACGUGACCGCACCAUAUAUCGAACAGUGGCAAGAUGUCCGGGCAUUUCUUCUCUGUGUCGUGUUUCCCCUUUGCCUUACGGCUCAAGUGUUCGCUGACACCCACCGGGUCACGUGGAGGGGCUGUGGCGGCAAGUUCAGCUCCGGCCCCCUCCGCUCUUCCCCCUCCCCCUCCCAGGCCCUUCGUCCCCUCCCUUCUGGGAAACAAAACGAGUAAACAGGAAACCUACUUUUUAUGUGCUAUGCAAAAUAGACAUCUUUAACAUAGUCCCGUUACCAUGGUAACACUUUGCUUUCUGAAUUGGGAGGAAAAAGAAAUGUAGCAACAGCAUUUUAAGGUUCUCAAACCUCCAGUAAAUACCUGCAAAAAUGAGUUGUCACAGAAAAUUAUUCCUUCUCUAUUUCCUGAACCUGAAAAUGAUGUUGGUCCAAAGUGCGUGUGUGUAUGUGUGAGUGGGUGAGUGGUAUACAUGUGUACAUAUAUGUAUAAUAUAUAUCUACAGUAUAUAUUAUAUAUAUCUAUAUCAUAGGUCUGUGGAGGGUUGUCAUGGCGACCAGCCACAGUACAUAUGUGAUUCUUUCCAUCACCCUCCCCUCUCCUUUACGUGCAUCCAUACAAGAUUUUCUUGUAAGCCAUCAAAAAUUAACCUUUAGGAUGGGGGAGAGGGGCAAGAAGGGGAAAAAUGGGAAAUGGUCUGAUUUUAAUGAAAUCAAAUGUGUGUCUCAUCGGUUGGCUACAUUUUGGUUAUAUGCUAAACUGUGAAAUCAGAUGAAUUGAUGAAGAGUUACCUGCAACCAAUUGAAAAGUGUUCUGUGCGUCUGUUUUGUGUCUGGUGCAGAAUAUGACAAUCUACCAACUGUCCCUUUAUUUGAAGUUGGUUCAGCUUUGGAAAAGUUACUGUAAAUGCCUUGCUUGUAUUAUCAUCCCUAGUCACCUGACUUUGGAAUUUGCACCAUAAUGUUUAAGUGAAGAUGCUGUAAAUAGGUUCAGAUUUUACUGUAUAUGGAUUUGGGGUGUUACAGUAGCCUUAUUCACCUUUUUAAUAAAAAUACACAUGGAAACAAGACAGAAAUGGCUUUUCUUACCCAGAUUGUGUAUAUAGAGCAAUGUUGGUUUUUUAUAAAGUCUAAGCAAGAUGUUUUGUAUAAAAUCUGAAUUUUGCAAUGUAUUUAGCUACAGCUUGUUAAACGGCAGUGUCAUUCCCCCCUUUGCACUGUAAUGAGGAAAAAAUGGUAUAAAAGGUUGCCAAAUUGCUGCAUAUUUGUGCCGUAAUUAUGUACCAUGGAUAUUUAUUUAAAAUUUCGUUGUCCAAUUUGUAAGUAACACAGUAUUAUGCUUGAGUUAUAAAUAUUUUUUCUUUAUUCGUUUUGUUUUAAUAGCCUGUGCUAGGUUUUCAGUCCGCUUUACUUCCACGUUGCAGUCAGCCCCCAGAAACGAAACCCGUGAGGUCACAUUCCACGUCUGUUUCAAACUGAAUUUGUUCUUAAAAAAAUAAAAUAUUUUUUUCCUAUGGAAAAAG